AUGUUAGAAAGGCAAAAUAUGCAUGAUUUUCGACGACUACAGAUGCUGAUUGAAAUUAUCUAUCUAUCUAUCUAUCUAUCUAUCUAUCUAUCUAUCUAUCUUAAUUCCAGAGACGAAUAUGCAAUUAUCUAUCUAUCUAUCUAUCUAUCUAUCUAUCUAUCUAUCUAUCUAUCUAUCUAUAAUUUAAUCUAUCUAUCUAUCUAUCUAUCUAUCUAUCUAUCUAUCUAUCUAUCUAUCUAUCUAUCUAUCUAUUGCCCGAUGUUUACAUUUAUGAACAAUUUUCUUAUUGUUAUUUUUAGUCUCGCUAUCUAUCUAUCUAUCUAUCUAUCUAUCUAUCUAUCUAUCUAUAUAUAUAUAUAUAAUUUUUUACUCUCGACCAAGCGUCUACACAUGUCUCCUGUCUCCUUUCUUUCUUUCUUUCUUUCUUUCUUUCUUUCUUUCUUUCUUUCUCGGUUGUUCUUUUACUCCGUCUCUAGUAGUGAUUUAUAUCUUCAAUUUUCUUUCUAUAUAUCUUAA